CCCGGCGCGGAGAAACGUGUAUUCGCAGGAGCUGGAGGCAGCAGGCAUCGCCACGUACCAGUGUGCGCCCAACAGGGCAGCGGAGUUCCACGAGGUGCUGGACGCCGUGCAGCCCACCAUUGCCGUCUUUGACAGGUUCACGAGCGAGGAGGCGUUCUCCUUCCACGUGAGGCAGCGCUGCCCCGCCUGCCUGCUCGUGCUCGACACACAGGACCUGCACUUCCUUAGGGUGGGUGCCAAGGGGCAGGCGGGGCGGCAGCAGGUGGUAUCUGAGGGGGGUUCCAUCAGGGACGCGCUACACCACGUACCCUUUACAGGCAGCAGGGAGCUGCUGCGCGAGCUCGCAUCCAUGCACCGCUGCGACCUCACGCUGCUGUGUUCACAGGCGGAGCUCGCUCUCCUCACGCGCUGCUACGCCUUCCCCCCCCACAAGCUUGCCCUCGCCUCCUUCUUCUAUGAUGCUCCCCAGGCAGAGAGAGAUUCCACCUCCCCCUCUGCGCCCCCCGUGCUGCCCCCCUUUAAGCAGCGCCAGCACUGUGUGAUGCUGGGCACGUUCCGCCACGCGCCCAACGUGGACGCCGUCUCCUGGCUCGCCUCCCACAUCUGGCCUCUUAUUCGCGCCCAGCUACCAAUGGCAGAGUGCCACGUGUACGGCUCCUACGUCACAGCAACCAUCUCGUCCCUGCACGACCCCUCAUCUGGCUUCAUCAUUCGUGGCCACGCCCCCUCCCUUGACAUGCUCGCCUCCUACCGUGUGCUGCUGGCACCGCUGCGCUAUGGGGCGGGCAUCAAGGGCAAGGUCCUCGACAGCUGGCGCCACGGCACUCCCGUCGUCACCACCCCCAUUGGCGCCGAGGGCAUGGGCUGCAGAGGGGGAGGGGAGGAGGGGGAAGAACCAGGGGAGGGGGACACGGGGGUGGCAGAGGGGCAGGGAGAGGGAGGUGCGGGAGAGCAGUGGGGGGGGCUUUGGGGGCCGGGGGAUGCAGAGGCGUUUGCAGCAGAUGCAGUGCGGCUGUACAGCGAUCCUCACCUGUGGGCCUCGUGCCAAUCCACGGUGCACUGCCUGCCCUCUCUGCCUUCCGUGCCCACCCCUCCUGCUGCACUGCCAGCAUUGCACUGCCUCCCUUGCACUGCCUCCCUGGAUCCCUUGCACUGCCUGCCUUGCAUUCCCUCUUCCUGCACUCACCACUCUCUCACCCCACAGAUCUGA